AGUGUUUCCUUCGAUCCGUCCACGCACGUUCACUUCGCUCUUUCUCUUUGAAAAUAGCAGUGAAGUAUUUAAGAGAAAGGCGAAUUACCGAAAACACAGAGAAGGCAACCUCUCCGGAACCCCUCUCGAUCUCUCCGCCCAUCUUGUUUUCACCUGAUCUCUUUCUUCCCCACCUACCCCCCGAUCAUCCAUCACCCAGCCUUUCUGUUUCUCCAAAAACUACUCUUUUUUUUUUUAAAUUUUUUUUUGUAAUUCUGAAAGCUAAAUUUUAAAUCUGUCAAGCCAUUGUUUUGGAGAUGAGCACGGGAGAGCUCCUCGGCAUCGAACCGCUCGAACUCAAGUUCCCCUUUGAAUUGAAGAGACAGAUCUCUUCUUCGCUUCAGCUGUCAAAUAAGACCGAUGAUUAUGUAGCUUUCAAGGUGAAAACGACGAAUCCGAAGAAGUAUUGUGUUCGUCCGAACACCGGAAUCGUCUUGCCACGGUCCACAUGUGAUGUUAUAGUUACAAUGCAAUCACAGAAGGAGGGUCCUCUUGAUUUGCAAUGCAAGGACAAGUUUCUCCUUCAGAGUGUAAAAGUAAACGAUGGUGUAACCCCCAAAGAUAUUACCCCAGAAAUGUUCAACAAGGAGGCUGGACAUGUGGUUGAGGAGUGCAAAUUGAGAGUGGUUUAUGUUUCUCCACCCCAACCACCUUCUCCGGUACCAGAAGGGUCAGAAGAAGGGUCUUCGCCAAGGGGUUAUGUUUCUGAGAAUGGAAGUUCGAAUGGUUCUGGGUUCACUGCUGCUACAAGAGCAUCUCUUGAACAGUUCGAGCCUCAAGACAAAUCUGCAGAGGCAAGAGCCCUCAUUUCAAAACUUACAGAGGAAAAGAACAAUGCGAUUCAACAAAAUAACAAGCUUCGUCAGGAAUUGGAACUGCUGAGACGUGAAGGCCAGAAAAAUCAUGGCGGUAUUGGUGUCUCCCUCCUGUUUGUCGUCUUGAUCGGAUUGCUUGGCAUAAUUUUGGGGUAUCUCUUGAAGAAGACUUAAGCUUGUGCCUGCUAUAUAUCUUUUGCAUAUAUUAUCCUCGAUUUCCUUUUUGUUCCUGUUCAUUGAAGAAAUACAAUGAAAGGAAAAGAAAGAAACUCGCCAAGGGUGAUGAUGCUUUUGUUGGUUGUUAGCUUUGUGGAAAUAGUAAACUUGUUUAGGUGCAGUCAUGGUCCUAGUUUUUUUUUUUUUUUUUUUUUUUGAGAGGAUGGUCCUAGUUGCUUGACUAUCAAAGUAACUCAUUUUUUGGUAACAUGCAUUCUUUUUGUAACUUAAGAGGAAUAUAUUUUCUUUGUCUAUUUUUUUCUACAACUCUAGAGUUUUUGGACCUUCUGACAAUGGUACUAGUGAUCAGUGUCAAGAAUCUUGCAGGUACAGAAGAUUUGAAACAAGAGGGGCUUCUGUAAAACUUGCAGGUACAGAAGAUUCCCUGUAUAAGUAAGCCUUUGUACUGCUUUCUAUAGAGCUUGUGAGAUCAUUUUGAAACAAAACUUGUUCUUUUCCCUCUCGUUUCCCCACUUUCUCUUCAUCUGCUACUUGUGCAACUGAAAAUUAGAAACUCAUCUUUGGUGUUCAUCUUGGAGCACUUAUAUGUGAUGAAGAUAUGUCAUUCUCA